AUGGAAAACAACGGUGACGGCAAUUCUACCGGCGCGACGGCGGUUACUGCUGGCGGCAACGGAAGGAAUGGUAAUAGUAAUAGCAGUGCGGAGAUGGCGGAGGCGAGGAAGAGAGUAAGAUUAGGUUGCAGCGGCGGCGGCGGCGGAAGAAUAGGGAAGCCGGUUAUAGUGAUGAUUUGCAUGAGUCUGACGCAAGUUUUAGCCCAUAAAUCAAUCGGGUGUUUCGUGAAUCACUGUGGGUAUGGGUCGAUGUGGGAGGCUUUGAUGAGUGAUUCCCAGUUAGUGUUUGUGCCCAACAUUAUCGAUCAAAUCUUGAACACUAGGUUAAUGGCUGAUGAGCUUGGAGUUGCAGUGGAGGUGGAGAAGGGCGAAAAUGGGUGGAUUUCGAAGGAGAAUCUUUGCAGGGCUGUUAGAUCAGUGAUGGAUGAGGAUAGCCAGAUUGGGUGUUUGGUGAGGGAGAAUCAUAGGAAAUGGAGACAAGUGUUAUUUUGCCCCUUGAUUUCGAAGGGAGAAUCAUGGGUGGAUUUCGAAGGACAAAGCAUGAACCGGUUUGGGAUUAAUGGUUUGGGUUGGAUUAUUUUAGAUAGUGAAAAGUACAUUUUUGUCCAUUGA